UCGGGCAGGCGAGUACGUUAGCGCCUAGCACCCAUUUAAUCUGGGGUAGUCCCUUCAGCCGCUGGAAACGCGGAUCCAGUCAUUGGUUCAAGAAUGUUAAUAAGCCGUUCGGAUUAUGUACGUAAUGUCAUCAGCUCGCCCAGAUACAAGAUAAUUGAGCCAUUUCAAAACUCGUAGGUUUACAUGGUUUGCACGAUCAAGCAACGCAACCACCGAGAGCUCUUUAUAUGAACAGCCACAACGUGGCUCACAUGUGACAAAAUCCUCCCGGCGGAAAACGGCGGGGCUAGCAGCCAAUGAAAGCCGCUUAUGUGGGUCUUCAAGUACUCUCUUUAAACUGCCCAUAUCCUAUGGUUCUCCAGCGUUCUCCGCCGGCUACCUCGUUCGAAGUUCAUCCCAUCGUACGACCAGGUAAUUCCGAGAGACAGUCACAGUGACAGUAUGGCAGGAGAAGAGCAGCCGCCCGGGUCUGAGAGACCCACAGAAGAGGCCCAACCUGUGGCCAGUGCUGAAGGCCCACGGUCGUCGAAGCGCAAGGCCACUAAAGCCGAGAAGGAUGAAGCCGGCGACAAGAAUAACGGUAGUCAGAAACGCCGCAGACGUGUCUUCUCGUGCCAAUCUUGUCAAAGACUCAAGUGCCGAUGUGAAUAUGACCCUGGAUCCCAGGCAUGUCACCGUUGCGUAACUCUAAGGAUCGAGUGUUCGCUCAAGGGUGAGAUCCUUGAUAUCCCUGCGCAUCCCAAAACUGUGGAAAAUGCGACGAGUAUUGAAGAACGACUUGGUCGUCACGAAAAGUCCCUGGCCGAAAUCAAGGGCAUGAUCGAGUUUGUGUCCCGUCAGUUUGGACUUGCCGGAGCCGGCGAACUUCAGAAGAUUAGAGCGCCAGAUGGAGAAGCUGGCACUGAUUCACCGAGUUCCGUUCAAGACGAUGACAGCCCGGAGAAUAUAGCAGAUCCCGUUGAUCUCGGCAUCAAGUCUGCACCAACCGUGGUGCUCAGAGAGAUCGGGGAGCACGUCACUCAAGGGUACAGAAGACUUGAGCACGUGAAGCUUGACCUGGUACAAUUGCAACUCUUAAACGAGCAAACAGCCAACGAACUGUGCCGGCUCUUCCUGAGACACCACGGGCACUUGCUGUCAGUCUAUGAUACUACAGACUCGCCCAGCCGGGAUAUUAGAGAGCUCUCUGCAUUCCUUCACAGCGUUUGCUGUCUCUGUGCGGUUCUCUAUCGUGAAGAUCUUUGUGGUACACCCAUGCAUAGACAGGUGUAUGAGCAGGUUCGGAUCACUCUGGGCCAAGCCCUCCUAUCAAGUCCUCUCAACCUCGAAGAGAUAAAUGCUAUCUUGGUCAUGAGUGACCAUGCGGAUGGGCCAGAAUACAUUGAUAGCUGGCUAUUGACCGGCUACUGUGUCAAACAGGCCAUGCUCAGCAUUAGCUUUUCCAAGAUCGUAGGCAACAUCAAGCGCGGAACAUCGACUAUCCAAGAUCGUCAGGCGAUCCAUCUUUGGUCCACUAUUUGUUUACAUCACCUCCACUGGUCGGCCACGACUGGGAGACCUUCCGUGCUGCAUGUACCCUAUAUCAAUCAAUGUAACAUUCUAUUGAGCUUCUACCAAGCAAGCAUGCAAGAUGGCAUGCUUGUUGCAGAGAUACUGUUAUAUUCAGUAUUACAUCAGAAAUUAUCGCGGCGGUCUUAUUUGGAUACGAACGGCGAGUGCGAUGACUUUAAAGUCUGGAAGCAGAAGUGGAAUCAUCUCAUGUCUCUUUCGACGGCGUCAAUGCUGCGUAUUGGCUACUAUGCUGCAUAUUUGAUACUGGCGGUGCGAGCUUUAGAAGAGCGCGGUGAUGCCAUGAGUCUGAAAACGUUUCUCUCUAACCCGCCGUUUGGUUCACCUGCGAACAGCACCUCCAACGUCUCGGAUGCCAAAGGUGCAAAAAAUACUACCCAGAUGUUGCAAUUCCAUACCGCCAGAUACGCCCAAUCCGUUCUCGAAACCUUUGUGGAGAUGCCCCCUUUCCUCAUGGACACAAUUCCGACGUACUUAUGCCUCGUCAUUGGAUACUCUGCCCUCAUCUUGGCGCACUACGAUGAGAACCAGUCAAAAGUUUCAGCAGAAGUUAGUAUCAGGUUGAUAUCGCGACUGGAGGAAUGGUGUAUGCGGACACCGAGCAAGUCAUGGGCUAUCAAAUUCGCAACAUUGGCCAGGCAGAAGGUUGAGUCCAGAACAGGCGCAACGAGACCGCACCACGAGAUCAGAAAGCAGGCUUCUACUGAACACGACCGUCGACAUCCUGCUGCUUGGAGUGCUUCGGAUAUAUCGAUGCCAGCGUUUCCGGUUGGAGGAGAACACGGCGCGACACCUUCAUCCUUGUCAGAUCAUCGUACUUAUGAUGGCGAGGAGUUUGUAGGCGGAACGGACAAUUUCCAAAUGGCCUCUGAUCCUCUUCAUCUUGGAUAUGAAAUCUCGCAGCCGGUCAUUCCCAGUAUGGAAGAUUUCUUUGGUGGAGGCUUUCUUGAUUUCAUGCGGCAAACUCGAGGUUAAGGAUUGCACAAAACACGGUGGAACCUGCACAGUCCAGCAUUAGUCACUAUGAUCUGAAGCUAUAGUAGGAUGCUAUCAUGUGCGGCAAGGACAUGUGAGCCUGUUUGGUUCAUUAUAUCUGUGGAUCAAUUAUCCACUCUUCCAAAGCCGGCCCAGAAUUAUAUAGCUA